UCCGCCACAGCCACUUCCGGCAGGUCCGCUGCGUCAGUCUUCCCUCUGAAAGCAGGCGCCUGCAUCUGUUUACAGCUCGGGGGAACCCCAGCCGUUUCCCUGAACGUGCAGUGUGGGGAAGUGUUUUCGGUGAUCCCCGAGAGCAUGGAGGUUUUCGUAGUUCUUUAGGGGACAGUGAAAGUGACGUUUUUCCUUAGUUUCACUCUCGACGACUGAGUGGAAAAGAAAAGACGCAUCCCCCUCAGUUUCCGGGGGACAAGGAUUGCGAAGAACAACCAGGAAGCGACUGGGCUGGGAGGCGUCCCCGUCCCCGCUGUGCUGUGGAGGCUUCUCAGGGUCUCUGCGCUGAGGCCCGGCCCCCUUCGUGAGUUCUCUCGGAGCUAGACCCCGGCUCCGGCCGGCCAUUUCCGAGCUGCCAUGUCUUCCGACUUCGAAGGCUACGAACAGGACUUUGCAGUGCUCACUGCUGAGAUCACCAGCAAGAUUUCCAGGGUCCCUCGGCUCCCUCCCGAUGAGAAGAAGCAAAUGGUUGCCAACGUGGAGAAAGAGCUUGAAGAGGCCAGAGAAUUGCUUGAACAGAUGGAUUUGGAAGUCCGAGAAAUUCCACCGCAAAGUCGAGGAAUGUACAGCAACAGAAUGAGAAGCUACAAGCAGGAAAUGGGAAAGCUGGAGACAGACUUUAAAAGGUCACGGAUUGCCUACAGUGACGAAGUACGGAAUGAGCUCCUAGGGGAUGAUGGGAAUUCCUCCGAGAACCAGUUGAUAAAAUUACGUGAAGAGAGGGCACAUCUGCUGGAUAACACGGAGAGGCUGGAAAGGUCAUCGCGGAGACUAGAGGCUGGAUACCAGAUAGCAGUGGAGACCGAGCAAAUCGGCCAAGAGAUGUUGGAAAACCUUAGUCAUGACAGAGAAAAGAUACAGCGGGCACGUGAGCGACUCCGGGAAACAGAUGCAAACUUGGGGAAAAGCUCCAGAAUCCUGACAGGGAUGUUGCGAAGGUAAGAGCCAGAAUCAUCCAGAACCGCAUCCUGCUCGUCAUCUUGGGGAUCAUCGUGGUCAUCACCAUCCUGACCGCCAUCACUUUCUUUGUCAAAGGGCACUGAUGCAUCUGCUCUCCCUUGAUAAACAGUGAUCUUGUCUUGUUCGGAGUAAUUAAGACAAAACGGUCACAUGAAUCAUUCUGUUGUGUUGACAGGCCCCGGGUGACCCUCUGUCCCUCCCUUGCCACUGUUGAGCUGGAGCACAGAGAGUGUAAAGAUGUUUCUGUCCCCAUCUGCAUGUGGGUUGAUUUCCUUUCUGAGGUUGGUCUUUGCCCAGAUUUGUCGGGUUUUUUAAUAGGUAAAGGUGAAUACUUAUUUGCCUUUAGGUAACUUCAUCUGCUGUCCAAAAUAGCUUUGGUGACAUUCUUCCUUGCCUUGUGGACAUGCCUGGGGUCAUGGCUGGAGAGAGGACAUGAUGACUCAGGCACAGAAGCCUCUUUGUGUCACGUACCUCUCUUUACCAGAAAGGUUUCUGUGAUGUCCAUGGAUAACAUGCCAGAAAAAUCAGAGGCCAGCGCCCGUGAUCAGUUCCAGAGGUCAGCCCCAUCCUUCCUGGCAUAGUGCGCACAGCCAUCUUGCCCAGACAACUUUAUUGCAAAGAAGAAGAUUCACUGUCAGUUGCACAAGAAAUUGACUUAGCACUUUCCGUAGCUUUUUAGUAUGUGUGUGUGCGUAUACGUGUGUGUGUGUGUGUGUGUGUGUGUGUGUGUGUAUUCACAAGGAAGAAUAUUUACUCACCUUCCCCAAAUGCCAUAGUUUCCAGACUCUGCCGGCAAUGUGAGAACUGGCACAGUAUUUAAUUGUGACCUCCUCUUCCCUGCCUGUGUAAGCAUUUCUGUAUCUUCUCUGCUUUAAUAUGUGCUCAGUCAGCGGCCAUCCUCCCUCGUUCAUGCAGAUGGUCUGAGAAGGUUCUGUCCACCUCCCAUCCAGCAUGAGGAUUUCAGAGAGCGUGAGCAGGACUCCUCCGCUGUGGGCAUUUAGCCUGUGGUGAUGAAAUGGGAGAGCGCUGUAGGACAGUCCACUAGGCAGACCUUGGUGGGAAGUGUCCCCUCACCUCCUCCCGCAGUGUCGAACUGCUCGGGUUUUCCCAACGACCAUCAGCAAAGCCCUCCUGGGUUCUCUCUACAUUCAGACCUCUGUCACACUCCGUGACUUUCUUCCCUCUCUUUCUGCCUGAGGUAAUGGGAAUUGUGAGUCCAUUUGUGAUCAGGCCUAAAUGUUGCCCAAGCUGAGGUCGUUUUCCCUCCAGUCAUGAGCAAAAUGUGUUUUUCUUAAGACUUCAUAGGCAUUUACAGGUCUGUACUAUUGUUUUUAAUAUAAUUGGAAGCUUUGAAUUUUUGAAAAGCAAGUCUUUUCAUAAAAGAUGCUAACCACCUAUACUCAUGGAGCAAGAUCAUACUAUAUUUGAUCUCCCACCACACACACACACACACACACACACACACACACACACUCAUACUCCAAAGAGAACCAUUAUAGAGUAGACAGGAAAUACAAAAUCCACCAGAGAAAUUGUGCUUGUGUAAACAGGCUGGGGCCUGUAUGUGUUCAGAUACAUCAUUUAUUAUUGUGUAAAUAAAGGUGUAGUGUCUGUGUCGGAAGGGUGGGAUUUUGGGCGACCAAAGUGGUACAGCCGUGGAGAAGGGCCGGAAGCUGUGCUGACUCUUCUGCCAGCUAAAGGGACCAGCUCAGAAUCAAGAAACUUUGAUUCUGAUCACUGAAUUCUGGGCAGCCUAAAUGUAAGAAAGAACCCAUUAAAAGCACGGAGACAACCCACCAGUCUCUGCUGAUGCUGGUGAAGUAGACCGAUGGCUCUGGUGGCCUCCAGAAAUGGGGUUCCUCAGUUAAGGGUAUUCCGAGUUCUAAGCUGUCUUUCCCACCUGCCCCCACCUUCCAGUCCCCUUCUUCCCAAGGCCACCUAACAAGCAGGGUGGAGCCGAGCACGGGCACUUGCUGGCCCCGAAGCAUUUCACUGAAGCCUGCCUUGUUCGUGCAGAAGCAGAAGACCCGAGAAGCAGGCAUUUGCUGUUCACCUCUCACUGGCUUUCUCUGCCAAGUUCCCUUUUGCUGCUGCCAGUGAUUUGGGAGUGGAAACCUGUGAACAUACAACCUUGGACCCAGCAGCUCCAUCACAUCCUGACCAGCUCUGUCCUCCUGGCGCCAUGGGAAGAAUUGGGGCUGGGGCUGUACUCCCCUCCCUCCCUCCCCCUCCAGGCCAGGAAGAGUGUGUGAACAUGGAACAGGUGCCUGUGUGUGGAAGGUUCUAGGUUCCUAUUCUGUAGACUUCAGUUGUUGAAUAUUUCUGAAGUUGGGAGCCUUUGUUUCCGAGUGUGUGGGAGGUAGGGGAGGAUGGCUGACAGCACGGAGGAAGAGGAGGAGGAAGCCCUCGCCAUAUAAAAUUCAUGCAGACUAAACAGUUUCUGGGACAGUAUAAAUAAAGCGGAUGCAACCUCGCUCCAGAAUCAAAAGCAAUUUAAUUAAAGUCUCUUAAGUUGUAAAGAGUUUUAAAUGUUCCGUGUUGAAGGCGGAUGCCUGCAGAUGCACUGGGCCUGACGUCAGUGGCCAGGCCUGGGCUGGGAGGCCAUUUGCUAUUCUGUUUCAGGCAGGCUGGAUUGUCUUAUUUUGGAACCAGCUUGGUGGGGGGUUUGCUUUGCUACUGCUUCUGAGCCCUGAGCUUCAAAGACUGAAAUUAAUGGCGAACAAAAUUGUGCGGCUCUGGCCGUCCCAUGCGGGGCAUGCCCGUUGAGGGUUAUCAUUAAGUAAAGAAAUAAAGAGGGGGGAAGCCUGCCUGCUCCAAAAACCUCAUCAGAUAAUGACCUCAGUGAUUGGGUUUUCAUUACCAAACAGCAUCCAGAGAUUAUCAACUCGUGGAAGAAGGGAGGAGGGAAAGAAAGGAAGAGGCAAGCACUGCCUUUCUCUCUCUCUCUCUCUCUCUCUCUCUCUCUCUGCACAUCUUUUCUUUAAAACUGUCAGAUCAUUUCAGUAUUUCAAAUCCGAGGAAAACAGCCUGCCUGCUGCUGUAUUUGAAGUUGUAAUGGUGUCAAAAAGUCACGACUGACUGACAGCCGUCAGUCCCAGAGGGGCUCAUUAAAUCAUAAAAACUUGACAAGGAAAUAAUUGCGCAUGGCCAGCGACUUGGCGCCUGUUUAGACGGUUUUAUUGUCUUUCAUUAUCGGUCCCCGCCAUUACGUUCAUUAACAAAUUGCAUUAAACAACUGUUAAGGGCUAA